ACGCUUUCGACCAGACAACCCGAAGCUACACUGCCACCAUGGGUCGCGUAAGGACAAAGACCGUGAAGAAGGCCGCCAGGGUCAUCAUCGAGAAGUACUACCCUCGUCUUACCCUCGACUUCCAAACCAACAAGAAGAUCGCCGAUGAGGUCGCCAUCAUCGCCUCCAAGCGUCUUCGCAACAAGAUUGCGGGUUUCACCACCCACUUGAUGAAGCGUAUCCAGCGUGGUCCCGUUCGUGGUAUCUCCUUCAAGCUGCAGGAGGAGGAGCGUGAGAGGAAGGACAACUACGUUCCUGAGGUCUCUGCUCUCGCCGUCGAGACCAUCGAGAUUGACAAGGACACUCAGGCCCUUCUCAAGGCCUUGAACUUCGAGGACAUCUCCGGCGUCCAGCUCGCCACACAGGAGUCUAACGUCGGUGACCGUGUCGUCGGCGCCAACUUCCGCGACAACCGCAACCGCAGGCAAUAGAUGGUGACGUGUGGUUUCGUUGUUUAGCAUGGGGAAAGGAGGAGGCGGGGGGUUUUCGCACACACACCCGGGGAAGAUUCGACCAUCGACCACUCGCUAGACGUGUUAUUUAGGGGAACCUCGGUGUCUUUUUCUCAACAUGAGGGUGAAGACAAGCGUUUAGCGAGCAGCCUUUGAUUCCUUUGCCUUUGUAUAUUGUUCAAAUCUGUGAGAGGUCCCCUUAAUCAGCAUUAUUUCAAAAUGA